AUGCAGGAGCAGGUGGAAAGCGAAGCCAAAGAGGAUGAGGAGACAUACGACAAGUUCAAGUGCUGGAACACCGUGGCCAAAGAGAAGGCUGUGAAGGAGGCCGAGGCAGCCACCCGCGAGCUCAAGGAUCGCGUGGAAGUCCUCUUGGCCAAGAGCGAGCGCCUUAAGCAGGAGGUCGAGAAUGCCGAGGACGAGCGAGCAAAGAACGAGAACGCUCUUGACACUGCUACGCUCUUGCGCCGGCAGCAGAACCAGGAGUAUUUGUCCGACCGUGAGCGUCUGGAAGGUGAUCUCUCUGGUGUGGAGAAGGCCAAGGCUGCCUUCAGCAACGAGGAGGGCGCUGCUUUCUUGCAGGCCCGGGGUAGCUCCGCCAAGCCGCUGUUGCAGCAGCUCAUGGCGAGGCACACUGACAAGCUGAGCAGCGAUGACCGCGAGACCCUUCAGUCCUUCCUGCAACGCGGUGACGGUGUGGAUGGUGUGGUCGGCGUUCUCACAGGGCUCAAGGACGACUUCUCCCAAGAGCUCACGCAGCUCGAGACGGAUGAGGCCACUUCCGUGAAACAGUACGAGGAGCUGGCUGCCGCCAAGUCAGCCGAGAUCAAGGCAGGCACAAAGCAGAUCGAGGCCAAGAAGGAGGAGCGUGCAGCCACCAACGAGGAGCGCGCCAUGAAGAAGCAGGAGAUCAAGGACACCGCGGGCGUGCUCGGGUCCGAUCUCUCCUUCGUUGGCGAGGUCAAGAAGCAGUGUGCCGAGAUGGAUGCGGAGUGGGAUGAGCGCCAGAAGACCCGUGGUGAGGAAGCCGAGGCAAUUUCCAAGUCCAUUGAGAUCUUGGAUGCCGACGAGGCACAUGCCAACUUCGAGAAGACCUUUGCAACCUCCUUCCUCCAGGAGUCUGCAGUCAACACUCGAGCAGAGAGGGCUGCAGAGGUCCUGGCCACUGCCGGCCGCAGGGACCCACGCAUGGCAGCCCUCGCCACACAGAUGAAGCUGGACAAGUUUGUGAAGGUGAAGAAGGCCAUGGAUGACAUGGUGUUCGCCUUGCAAAAGGAGCAGGAGGACGAGGUGACGCAGAAAGACUACUGCGUCGAGGAAUUCCGUGAGAACAAGCUCAAGACGGAAGGCAAGACCCGCCUUAAAGACACGUUGGUGGCCAAGGAGAAUGCCAUCGACAUCGAAACGCCGAAGACGGAGCAGGAGACCUAUGAGUCGGAGGUGGCCGAGAUGCAGAAGCAGUUGAAGCUCGCAGGCCAAAACCGGGAGAAGGAGAACACGCAGUUUCAGAAGGUCAUCACGGAGCAGCGUGAAACGCAGAGGCUCCUCAAGGAGGCGCUCGUGGUGCUUGGAAAGUUCUACAACAAGGAGUCCCUCAUCCAGGUCCAUGCCGAGGCUGGUCCGGAGACCCCGGGCGGCUUCGAGGAUUACAAAAGCAACGGCAAGAGCUUCGGCGUCAUGACGAUGCUCCAGACGCUCAUUGAAGAUUCGGCAGCCAUGGAGAAGGAGGCCAUCCGGGCUGAGAAGAGCGCACAGAAGGCCUACGAGGGCUUCGCUGCCGACACCACGGACUCUGUUGCGAAGAAGGAGGCAGCUAUUGCCAGCAAGAAGGCUGAGAAGGCCAAGCUGAAGAAGACCCUGACCCAGACUCGCAAGGCCCGCAAGGGGGCGGAGAAGUCCUUAGACAGCCUUGCGCAGACGAAGGCAGAGCUCCGCGAGAGCUGCGACUUUCUGCUGGCGAACUUCGAUGCCCGCCAGGCAGCGCGCGAGGACGAGAUGGACUCGGCCACUGGGCGGAAGCUCUAG